CUGGGCAACCUACUGCGUUUCCUCAUUUGUGGCGAACUCCUGUUCUCUCGGCGCCGCAACGUCGAACUUUGCAAUCAUGAGGAGGCCGCACUGAACAAGAGGAAAUCUACAGGACCACGAGGAAGAGGCCAACGUAGCGAGAAACUUCCGAUACAGUUACAGACGGGAAGAGGGUGCUAUGACAAUGAUAAGAAUGAUCUGAGCGGAGAAGUGACUGAACGGCCGAGCUGCGGGUACUCAUGCGUUGAGAGAGACCACUUGAAACUCUUGCAGAGCCUCUCCGCUUUACAGAGCAAGUGCAUCUGCGUGCAAAAAUCCGUGCCAAAAACGCACAGGUUUGUCCAUAAGCACUGCUGGAACCAAAAACAGCAGAACUAAUCAUGGCUGCAGACUCGCAAUUUUCGCUUUCGGAGAAGGCUCCGUCUCCGAAGCGCCAGAAGUCCUUGCAGUCAUCGGAUGUGGUCUUUGACGACGACGAGUUUUCCAGCGUUACAGGUAGCUCCCGGCCAAUUCGCAAGCCUACUGGAUCCACGCUCUCUUCCGUGGCGUCGCGGUUUUGGCGCGCGGCGACAAGGGCUAGACCGAUUGUCGCGGAAAACAGCGUCGAGGAGUUGCGUGCUGAAGUGGGAAAGUUGAAGCAGCUUGCGCGGGACGCAGCCACGCCGGUGACUUCUUGGUCGGAGAAAAUCGCAUCCGUCGCGGAUGAAGAAGAUCCAGAGGAGCAGGGAGUGGUCGACGUUAGUGGCAAGGACCCAGUAAAUUUUCAAAACAAAUUCUUCACAUUUUUUCCCCGUCAGGAUCAGGUCUUUAUGGGUUCGCUUUUCUCUCGCAUGAAGCGCUGCUAUUGUCUGUGAAAAAUCUUCCGCGAUGAAAAAACAUGCUGUGGAGCGUCUCCAUACCACACUCAGGUGCCGACCGAAAUUUCGGUGAAAAACGGACUGAAUGCAUCGAUUCCCGACCCGGAAAGCGAUACAUCUCCGGUCCUCCUUCCGCCGUCGACGCUGACGGAGCACGGGCCGGCGGAGUUCCUGCGGGACAAGUCGUACGGAUCCACACCGUCAGUGCGCAGCGACCCUUUGAAUUUGUCGAAGAACAAUGUCCCGAGCCGCGGAGGCAGCUCCCGCAGUGCGAGCAAGGAACUUACCACAGUUCUGACCGACAUGCUCCCGGUACAGAAUUCGACAUCUCGGCUGGACGACAAAGCAGCGGAAGAGGAGUUUAGUAGCGGAACGGGGGAGGGGCACGAUGAACAUGAAGCAGCUGCCGGCCGGGUUGAGAAUGAAAGCGCGUCGGUGACACAAAUGCGCGCUGUGGACUCCGUCGAUAGUAGCGGAAAAAACGCUCGCCACCAUCCACCGCCCUCGUGGCCGUUCUCGCCGAGCCGGGGAUCGCGGAUUCUCGCAGCAGAGUGCGCGUCGGACCCGUAUGCGACGUCGAAGAACAUGUCGGCGUUCGAGGUGAAUCCGCCGGUUUUCUACGGAGAGCAGAAAAUGGACCCGGGCUUUCCCGACCUGGAGCCGUUGUCGGCUUCCUCGGCGACGUACGUGCUUGACGGAGAGGCAGAACCUCCACAAAUGCGCGAAGACCCAAUGACUGCCGCAGCGAGACUGUUUGCGACAAAUAAUGCGCUGAGCCGCGGCCUGGCGAGCGCGAGCACGCGCAGCGGCAGCGGUAACGAACAGGCAAGCAGCAGCAGCAGUAGUAGCGCGAAGGGAUUUUUCUCCACCAGCACCUACAAAAGCGGACGCAAUCUACGCUCCGGGUCGGCUGCGGCACCUGCUUAUCGCGUGCCGGCGUAUGACGCGACGCCACCGGUGGUGGUGCCGCCUUCCAGUAGUGUGGCGUCCCGAUUACGCAAACCCACGCGGACAACGCAGAAGCACUUGCAGUUACGCAGCAGUGCGUCCGCGUCGCAGCUGCAUACGACCGGUGCGCGGUACAAUACUUCGUCGAGAGCAGUGGGCCAUUUGGAUCAUCGCAGCAGAGUGCCAUUGCACGAGACCGCCGCUCACUUUCUUCCAGCAAAUUAUGUUCAUUCCGACAACCACUACCCUAGCCGGAGGAUCCAAUCCGGCUCCAACGCCAACAUUUCCUCUUCCGCAACCAACUCCGUUUUAUCCGGUUUUUUUUCCGAAGAAUGCCGCGCGCAGCUCGCUGAAAUGCACGGUGACUUCACGAUUCCGGUCGAACUGAUGCGGGCUUUGCUUGAGGAACUGGAGAGUCUGCAUAAGCGAAACAGCCAGCUGCAGCAAGAGACGAUGGAAUUCAACGACACACAAGAACUCUUGCGGCUCCAAUGUUCCGAGAACAAAAAAGAAACGGAGGACGUGGCGGCACGGCUGGCGAAGGCGAAACGCCAGGUGUUGAGUUUGAAAAAAACUCUCACAGAGAAGGGAGAACAAAUUGAAUCCCUACGGAAAGAGGCAAGUGUGGCGAAGGCAAAAGGUAAAUGUGGCUGUGCUUUUCAUGCGAAUCUUCGGAAGUACGCACACUUGUUGUUCUUCGCGGAUAAAGACUGAAAGUACAAGUAAAUGCUAAUGAAAACAACAGCUGAGCGCCCCGCAACCGCCCCGGUCCCGAUUCAAAUCGGCCUCAAGCGCACGAAGAACUGCGGCGUACAGACGGAUUCGGCCUCCCGCACCGAAGACAAGUACCGCCUGGAGUACGAGAAGGCAGUGCAGGAGGUCCGGCGGUUACGCACGAAACUCGCCGCACAGAAGCUUACUGUGUUUGGAAAUUUGACAAAUAACCCGUCGGAUGAUACCACGGCAACUCUUGAUUCGAAUCAAAACCCGUCCAAUGAGCAACUUGCGAAGGCGCGGGAAAAUAAUAUCCACGUCGUGAAACUGAAGGGCGAAGUCGAAGUGCAGAAAGCGGAAAUCGCCAAGCUUCGCAAGCGAAAUUUCCAGUUGCAGCAAACUUUGAAAGUCCGCAGCGAGAAGCAAAAGCAAGACGCGAUCCGGAUUGACGCAGUGCCCGCUCCGAGGACUACACAGACAAGUUUCAGUAGCAAAAACCCAUCGCCAAUCAGCAACGCGGCCGAGGUGGACUACUCUAUGUCUACUUUUGGCGCUUACGACUACAAAGUGAAAAGUGGAAGCAACUCGUUUGUGUCGCGCCGGGGGGAGCAGGAGGAACACAGCUCUUCCUUUCCGUUGAAUAAAUCUACAAAUUCGGCUGAGGAAUUAUUUGUUCCAGCUAUUGGCCAGCAGCACGACAACUCUACAACCUCCAGCGCAGGCCGUUUGCGACUGAGCGCGAACGGCAGCGGAAUUCGGCAGGUGGUGAAGGCUGCAAAUCCGUCGUCAUCGUUGGAAAAGUUGCAAGACGAACGAGGAUGCGGGGGCUCCGACACUGCUCUAACAAGCGCAUCGUAUCCGAAAGAAAAAUCCAGCGAAGAAAAGGAUCACUACACGUCUGCCGACAUUUUGGAGCUUCUUGAGCACCGGAGCCGCGAAGAAUCCUGGCGCACAGAGAGCGUCGUGCUGGAGUCCUCACCGAAGGACACGUUUGCGAGCAAGGGCAAUUGUGUAAGUGCAGGACAAGGUCGUGGCGAGCUAUCAGAAAAAGAUGUUGGACCAGUGGCCAUGCCAAAAAUCAGAACCGCAGAUGGACCCGUCGUCCUCGCAAUGCAGAAAAUUUUAUGAUAAGUAGGAGGAUAUUGUGAUUGCGAGUCACGAAUAAAUUUGAUACGCGAAAUACUAAAGAA